ACCGUUAGAUCUGACGAAGAUCACUUCUGGAAGAGCGAACAUGCUAUUGUUUGAUGUGAUCCUCAAUGUAAAAGAAGCACUAUCGUUGUGCUAGCUUCGCAACGGACAAGGACAGCUCAUCAUCCUCUUCCUCUUCCUAAAUGUUGCAUGUGGCCGCACCUAUUUUGGUCAUGGAUGCGGCUGCUUCGGACAUGCGAGAUGCGUUCUCCUUAAAUAGCGUCAAGUCCCAGCUGGAACAGGGCUCAUCACCCACCGCCACAGCCAGCUCUGGCCUCACUUUCUCUGACUUGCCGCUUGAGAUACGCGAGAUCAUAUGGCGUUUCGCACUCCCGGAUUCCCGAGUCUUCAACACUUUAGUUUGGGUCUCGGCGGGGCUGAAGAUGCAGCUGCUCAAUCGCUCCGAACUGAAAAUGCCCCUCGCUCAUGCAUGCUUCGAGGCCCGUCGCGUCGUUAGGGAGUCCGGUUAUGUCUUGGCCUUCCGUGAUGAGGAUGAGGCAGGGGACACCGGCGUAUGGUUUCAUCCUCGAAGGGACCGGAUUGAGCGCACUAUCUGGGGCCCGGGAGACUGGAAUGCUGGAGCCUGAGUUCAAUCAAGCACCAACUGGAGUGUCUAGAUUCUUCCCUUUAGCGCUUUGGUUAUCUACAAAUUCUUGACUUAACCAGCACGAACCACGAC